AUGCCCGGCAAUUCAUCCCCAAUCACACUCUCAACCCCCAGCUUCUUCUUUAAUAGUCCGCUGGAUGUAAGUCAGGAGACCCUUACAGAAGCGACAGAUCUGCAGGACACUUCCUUUGAUCUGCCGGCCGAGACUGCAACCGCCGGUGGUGGAACUGUGUCUUCGGCCGCCAAGACGGAGAAGAAGCGGCGCCGGCCGGCCCUCUCGUGUGAGCAAUGCCGGCGCCGCAAGAUUCGAUGUGAUCGUAGUCUACCCUGUGUGAACUGCGUCAAAUCUAAGAUAUCACCUUGCACUUAUGCCCCGACUCACAUACCAGCUUCACGUGCCAAGAAAGGCACAGGUCAUGCUGGUGCUUCAGACUCAAACUCCCAGGUGCCGGCCAGGUCAGCCCCAGCCAUUGGAUCUACCCAGAGACAGUCUCCAUCAAACUCAUCUGCAAGACAAAAGUCUUCUAGCAUCCCGAGCUCAACAGUAGGAUCCAACUCAGAAGCCUCCACCGUUGAUGCCCUGGCUGCGAGGGUCAAGGAGCUGGAGCAGAAGCUAGCCGAGUCUUGUUACAUCACACAACCAGCAGCAGACAAGUUUAUACAGCCCGAUGACCAGGAAGCGGAGUCGGCUCCUAUGAAGGGGACUGUCUCUAAGACGAGAUUCUUUGGUCAAAGUCACUGGAUGAACGGCAUUCAUAUGUUUCCCGGUGUUUUUGAUAUGCUCAAAGAAGCGGAGACUCGCAGGAAUCAGCAUCACGGCGGUUUUGUCAAAUGCAAAGCUCUGGGCCGCACCAUCAAAGCAAAUCGUUCCAAAGCUGUGUCGACUGACAAGUUGGGCGAAAAUAUUCCUGAGCGUGGCCUUGCUGAUCAGCUUGUUAAUGCCUAUUUUGACACCUUCGAGGGUGUGGUUCGGAUUCUUCACCGUCCAACCUUCAUGUCCGAGUAUGAGCGCUACUGGCAGAAUCCUGAAGCCUCGAGUCAGGUUUUCCUGAUUCAGCUUCAGUUAUGCAUGGCCAUCGGAGCAACUCUACACGAUGAUGUCUUCAGCUUGCGUGCAACUUCAAUGCAAUGGGUCCAUGAGGCCCAGAUCUGGCUUAUGGUACCACCUGCGAAGAGUAGAAUGACUAUCGCUGGUAUUCAGAUCAUGUGUAUGCUGGUCAUCGCCAAAGCGUGUUGUGCGGUUGGUCAGGACCUUACCUGGGUUUCGGCAGGGAGUCUUGUCAGACAGGCUAUGUACAUGGGAUUGCAUCGGGACCCAAGGCACCUUGGUAACAUGUCCGUCUACCGUUCCGAGAUUCGUCGCCGACUCUGGGCAACCAUCCUCGAGCUCAAUCUACAAUGUUCCUACGAUGCUGGAGGCCCCCCUCUCCUCUCCUCGAAACACUACGAUACACGCCCCCCAGCAAAUUUGAACGACGACCAACUCACAGACGAGCCAGACUCAGAUAGAAGACCAACUGGCGAUCCUGAGACUCUGACUGAUAUGUCAGUUCAGCUCGCGCUUCAAAAGUCCUUUGCUCUUCGCCUCGUCAUUAUCAAGCACGUCAAUGAAUUUAGAUCCAAGGAGUCAUACGCCGAGACACUCCGGCUGAACUCCGAACUCACAAAGGCAUGCCGCACGUUGACGGAGACACUUGCUGCUCUAUCGGAAGCCCAGAGGCACCAGCCGCGAACAAUCUUCACCCACUUCCACAGUUCUCUUGUCCAAAUGUUCACAUACCGUUGCUUCCUCUCUCUUCAUCAACCCAUGGUCGCCCGCUCCGCCCUCGAUCCAACCUACUACUACUCUCGCAAAGUAUCCCUCGACUCGUCUCUGAAGCUCGCGCAGAUAACUGGCCUAUCGACACCUCGAUACGGUACUUCUUCUCCUGGAGGCUCCCUGGACCCCGUAGUCAGCUUUAACCGCCUCAUCACAAACGGAGCGGGCGUGUUCCGUGUGAUUCCAACUCAGACGCUUUUCUCUGUUGCACUAGAGUUUAUCAAGAAGUCAGAGGAGCAGAAUGAUAGCCUCGGCGGCGGCCCUGUCAUGAACCUCUUUGAACUUCGCGCCGUUCUCCAAAGUGCGGAAACUUGGUUUGAGAGACGGAUACGUGCUGGAGAAACAGGCGUAAAAGGGUAUUGCUUCGUUGUUGUGUCUCUCGCCCUCGCCGAGGCCCUUGAAAUGGGGCUACCGGAGGAAGACGUCGAUCAAGUAGUCGUUGAUACAGGAGCGAGCAUGAGUAUAAAAGCCUACGACUUGCUGAAAGAAGUUGCCGAGAGGGAAGGUUUAUCGCUUGAUGAGCCUGGAGAUGAAGAGGCUAUACACAUCGAUGUGCCAGCGAUUGAUAGCGAUGCCAUGCAGGGUAUUAUGGAGAUGCCUUUUGACUGGAUGGUAAUGGGUGGUGACCUUGGUCUAGAUGGAAUGGGGGCGUUCAACUGGGCUCGAGGUGGCAUGGGUAUGCCUCAGCAGUUUGACUCCGUCGAUCCAUCAGUUGUAUCACAAUUUUGA